AAACAAAGGAGUUAAGAAUGCAAUUAAAUUAAUAAAGACGUGCUCAAAAUAUUUGUUUUUUAAAUACUUUUUCGUAAAAUUGUUUUCUUUUGGAGGAUUUCACGUUUUUUUGCAGUGUGGUGCUUAAUUCUUAAAGAAAAUCUUGUGUUGUUUCCGUGGGAACGCAGCAGCCUGAGGUCAGAUUAAGGAAGAGAAGGCCAGUUGGCCACGCCUGACCCAGGUUGGAGUUAAGGCUUAGAAACAGAUCAGCAUCUGAGGGUAUAAAAACCAGCUCAAACGUAUAGCCAGAAAACUGGGCUGACUGCUGGGCCGCCAGGAAAUAAAGAGUCUUCAAGUAUCCGGGUACCAAAUCAGACACAGCAGCCAUGGUUCUGGAGGAGAACGACUGUGACUCUGUCUUUGAGCCUCAUGUGACUGAAGAGUACGUGGAGACUCACUACGGAGAUGUCCACUGCAUCAUGACAGGGACUCCAAAGGCAAACCGCCCCGUCAUCCUGACCUUUCAUGAUGUUGGACUGAACCAUAAGUCCUGUUUUGAGACUCUGUUCAACCAUGAAGACAUGCAGGAGAUUGCCAGACAUUUGCCUGUUUGUCACGUCGAGGCUCCAGGACAACAAGAAGCAGCCAAAUCUCUUCCAACAUUGUACACCUACCCCACUAUGGACCAGCUCUCUGAAACAUUACCCACUGUCCUCAAAAAUUUUGGGCUGCGCAGUGUGAUUGGACUGGGAGUUGGAGCAGGAGCAUACAUCCUGGCCAGAUUUGCUCUGAAUCACCCUGACUUAGUGGAUGGGUUAGUUCUGAUCAAUGUCAACCCCAAUGCUGAGGGCCUGAUGGAUUCUGUCGCAAACAAGCUAACAGAUUGGACGCAAACUCUCCCAGACAAACUCAUUGCACACUUGUUUGGAAAGGAAGAGAUCCAGACCAAUCAUGACCUUGUGGCGACAUAUCGUCACUACAUCACAGCGACCAUGAACCAGUCCAACGUCAACCAGUUCUUCCGCUCCUACAACAACCGCAGCACUCUGGAUGUGCAGAGGCCUGUCUCUGGGGGGAACAUUAACGUCAGGACCCUGAAGUGCUCCACCCUUCUGGUUGUGGGGGAUAAUUCUCCAGCUGUGGAGGCAGUGGUUGACUGCAACUCUAAACUCAACCCCAACAAGACCACACUGCUCAAGAUGGCGGAUUGCGGCGGUCUUCCUCAAGUGGAUCAGCCAGCUAAAGUGAUUGAAGCCCUCAAGUAUUUCAUCCAAGGCUUGGGAUACUUGUCCAGUGCCAGCAUGACCCGGCUGCGCUCCAGAACCACCUCCAGCACCAGCUCCGUGUCGUUUGAAGGCCCCCGGAGCCGCUCACACACCAACGAGCUGCAGCGGGGCCGGAUGCACUCUCAGGGCACAGAGGAGAAGCGUGGGCGCACAAACACGGACGUCUCCAUGGAAAGUGUUUCCCCCAUCAACCAGAACACCUCGAAGGCCACUGAAGUAGCAUGCUAAAGUGCACACAGCUAGCACCCCUUGCACUUUAUUCAAACGAUGCCUCUUGAUUUACUUGAUUCCUCCCUUCCUUCUUUUCUUUUCUACUUGCAAUCAGUCUGGGGUUGUAUUUCUAGU